UGAUCUCUAGUUUCCGUCACUGAAAUAAACUAAACGAGAAAGCCGAUAAAGAGGCGUAAACAAUAAAACAAUUGUGUACAUUUUUGAACACUAAAAAGUAAAAAAAUAUAUAUAAUAUAAUGUGUAUAUAAUACGCGAAAUGAAAGAACUGUGGUUACAAUGACGAAGAGUAAAACGACAUUCGGCCAGGAGCCGCAACUAACUUGUAAAGAUGUAGAAAAUGAUUCCGCCGCUAUGAUUUUACUCUACCAAUGCAUGCUCAUUCUUCUAUGUUUCGCCGGUUACUAUCAUGCUUUGAAUGGAAGUUUUGUUUUUGAUGACAACGUAGCUAUUGUAAAGAAUGCUGAUGUUACGACGCGGCCCACUAACUGGACGGCGAUUUUUAAGAAUGAUUUUUGGGGCACGCCACUUCUUAGUGCCGACUCGCAUAAGUCAUAUCGUCCGCUAACAAACUUGCUCUUCCAUUUAGAAUAUGGACAAUUUAGACUGCGCGCCAAGCACAUGAAAGCCAUUAAUCUAGCUUUACAUUGUAUCAAUACCCUGCUAGUUUGGUGGCUCCUACGUCAUUUCCGCUUUGAAUUCACUAAUCAUAUUCAAGUGGCCACAAUGGCAGCAGCGCUCUUCGCUAUACAUCCUGUACAUACUGAAGCAGUGGGCGGUGUGGUUGGCAGGGCUGAACUUCUAUUCUGUUUGCUGUAUUUGGUGGCACUUUUACUAGCAUUUGUGAGAACACGUUUUGGCUCAGUAAUCGAUAUGGUCGUCAUCAUACUUACAGCCGUGGGAAUAUUUUUCAAAGAAACGGCUAUAACUAUUCCAAUCGCUUAUAUUUUUGUCGAUUACGUCCGUGCACAAGUUUACUUACAUCCCUGGCGAACACAAUUAAAGCUUGUAUGCUCACUUCGUAACCUCGGUUUGGCUGCCGGAAGUAUUGGAUUAAUUACAUUUCGUCUAUGGCUACAAGAUUUCCAGAGUCCAAAUUUCAAACCAAUGGAUAAUCCGAUAGCGUUUACUGCCAAUCCAUUAACACGUAUUCUUUCUCAAAAUUAUCUGUAUGUAAUUAACUGGUGGAUACUUUUAUACCCGCAGUGGCUUAGCUUUGAUUGGGCAUUGGGCUGCAUUGAACUAAUUACAAACAUUUGGGAUUUACGCUUGCAGGCAGUUUUGGCAAUGUACUCAUUAACUAUUGUUGCUCUUAUCAAUAACAAACAAAAUUUUGCACCCGUAUUUGGUUUGGCCUUGAUGGUAAUACCUUUCCUGCCUGCCUCAGGCAUUAUUAAAGUCGGUUUCGUGAUAGCUGAGCGCGUACUUUAUGUUCCCUCUAUCGGAUUUUGUUUCUUAGUGGCUCAAGCUUUGUCUUAUGCCCAUUGUUCUAAUACAAAGCCUUGGCUAAUAUCCAUAUUUAAGUGGAUGUUAAUGUUAUUGUUCGCCUGCUUAUUGCUACGUACACGUGAACGCGCCAAUCAAUGGUUAUCAGAGGAUCGAUUAUUUACAUCUGCAUUAAAAGUCUGCCCCAAUAAUGCAAAGGUGCAUUAUAAUAUAGCACGUCUAGCAACGGAUAGAUUAGAUCGUGACAAUGCGCUGAUACAUUACCACAAAGCAAUCGAACUGUACCCACGAUAUGAAUCAGCGCUUAUGAAUUUGGGAAAUUUAUAUCGUGAACGGGGAGAUUUAGCUAACGCUGAAAAGUACAUUACGGAUGCUUUAAAAGUGUUGCCUGACUUUGCGGCGGCGUGGAUGAAUUUGGGAAUUGUUCAAUCAGCACGUAAAGACUAUAAAAAUGCACUACGAAGUUACAAAAAUGCAUUAAAAUAUCGCAAAAACUAUGCAAUUUGUCAUUACAAUUUGGGUAAUCUUUAUCUCGACAAGAAAAUGCAUUCCGAAGCAAUGCAUCAUUGGCAAGAGGCAGUAACAUUACGUCCACGCCAGCCCAAAGCUUGGGCUAAUAUACUCACAAUGCUGGAUAAUCGAGGUUUGUACGAAGAUGCCAUAAGGCUUUCAACACAGGCGUUAAGCCAUUUACCAAACGACACAAAUAUUAUGUUUAUACGUGCUAAUGUUUUCGGCAAACUGAAGCGUUAUGUGGAAGCAGAAGACCUUUACAAAAUGGCUAUAGAAUCGGAACCAUUAAAUGUGCUCUUACAUACCAAUUUGGGUGUUUUAUACCAUCGCUGGGACAAGCUGAACGAAGCAAUUGAAAGUUAUCAAAAUGCAUUGAAACUAAGUCCAGAAAAAGCGGUUACUGCGCGUGAAAACCUUAGUAAAUUGUUGAAGAGAAAACGAAAAGAAAAGGCAAAUAAAACCGACGCUAUAUAAGCAGUGUAUGGUUAUUUAAAUUAUUAAAGCCCUCAACAAAACGAAGGAUUUACUUAUGAUUUAAAGUAAAAACGGUUUCUGUAGUCUGCCGAAAAGUUGCGAUAAUCUCAUGCGGUGAUUUGCUUCCAGUGUUGAGUACUCAUCUGAAUCUCGUAAAUCCCAACCAUUUUCAAAGUAAACGCAAGGACUGUGGCAAUCACUUGACACGAAAUAUGGAACAUUUUUGGGAAUGUAUUCGUAUGAGUUUUGCUUUCACUGAGAAACAAUAUGGAGGACUUCGUUGGUUUUAAAAGCAAACUAGUCAAACUAAUAAUAAUUUUAUUAUAUUGAAGCUUAAGCAUCUACACAAAUAAGAUUCUUACUUUAUA